GAAGUUGCUUUUGAAAUACACUCAAAAUUCAUAAACACCAGGAAUGCGUUGAACUUACACUUGCGUUUCACACAUGGUUUUGUUUUAAUAGUUGCUGCAACACAAAACACGGUUAAUAUUUACAUAAAUCAAACACAACACAAAAUGAAGACUAUGCAUUUAAUUGCCCCUCCCGGAACCUUCAAUAGAUUGGAUAAUGAUUCCGAGCCCGAGUUCGUUUUCAAUGGUGAAGAGGAGGAAUGUGCCAACUGGCCCUUGGCGGUAAAAUUGUCCAGAACAACGGUCCAUCUUGUCGACUACAAGAUCUUCAUUGCGGCACGUCGCAUCCAAUCCCUUUGGCGUGGCCACAGCGUCCGAAAGCUGAUCCAUCAGCGCUGGAAGGCUGCAGUUACCAUCCAGCGCUGGUGGCGCGGCUUUCGGGUUCGGAGGACACUGUGGGAACAGCUGGAGCAGCGGCUGCAGGACACAAUCCUCGAGCACUACCACCGGGCGGCCAUCCGCAUCCAGGCUCUGUUCCGUGGAUGGCGGGACAGGCAGACCAUCCACGAUGUGCAAAAUCUGCGCCGCAUGCAAGCCACUGCCGCCGAGGACCUGGUCAACUGCGUGAUCCUCCAGCUGCAUCACAUUAAGCAAACCGAAUCCUUACCAGGAGUAUUCUCGCUGCGAAACUCAGUCAUCCUUUCAAGGGUCGAGAAACUGAUAACCACUAUGAUGUUUCGAUUCCACAACGGUCGGGUGUUAUCGAUAGUAGCCAACAGGAUGUCCCAAAAGGGGGAACACCGAAAGAUCUUUGAGUCCGGCAAAUUCUACUAUCCGUUCCCCUAUGCCGGACCCAAUUUCAACGAGCUAUGUCAUGAUAAGGACGAGGACAAAGUGGUUGUCAAGGACUUGAUCACUGAUUUGCGCUUCGCCGGAAUUGUCGCCAAGUACGAGGAGUCUCAGCGGGAAGAGUAUUUCAGAGACGCCCAUAGGCGUUUUGAUACGCGAAAAGUUCAAGAGCAGUUGGACAACAUUACCGCUCAAGAACUAAAUUCUAAACGUAAAUUCUGUGCUGACGUUAUAGAGAGCAUGCGUAAAUGGACGAUCUGGAGUGGCACCAAUGAUAAUGUUAAGAAAAAUAUUUUUAAAAGUCCUGCAAAUGUGAAAGGAUUUUUUAUGAAAGUGAAGCAUAUAAUAGGUGACGGCAAUGUGAGACCCGCUGAAGACCUUGAAAUUAAGGAAGACUUGAUGAAGAUUUCUUGAGAUAAAUUCUGGGUAUACAUUACAAUACAAAA